AUGUACAGUUCCAAGAGUAUCGCCUUGUUGGUGUUGCCACUACUUCUAGGCUGGAUGCUUGUGGAGUUGGGGAUUUUGUUUCCAUCAUCGGGAAGGGUUCGAACACACCUUGGGGAUCUAUGGAAGAAGAAAAGCAACGCUACCGGUAGCAACUUGAAUGAAACGAAGAUACCUGAAAUAUCCAAUGAAACGAAGAUAUCAUCUGUAUCCGACAAUAAUCUUCAAGAAGUUUCCUCCUUACGAUUUCCAACCAACCAAACAACCAACGAGACAACUCUGAUGCAAAGUUCUUCCUACGACAGGUACUGUGAAACCAACGGUUCCCUCCACGAGAUUGCCUUGCAAAUGGCUCGCUUCUCGGGCCCCAAGCCGUACGAAAAGACGCUACAAGUCUUGCAAUCGUCCUCUCAUUUCUGGAUAUCCAUUCACAAGCAUGGCAUUUUCUCCAACGUCGCACAAAAUAUGAAAGUCAUGCUGGAAGGAUUUGGUUUGCUGGAAAGAAAAAGCAAGAAAAAACCAACCCGCAACUCCAUCGUGGUCGAAAUAUCCUAUUAUGCUCUACAUGACAAUGCUAACGACAAGACGACUAAUGACUGUCAUACUACAACUAGUACUACCAACUGUUCUGCGCCACGCAUCAUUCUCCAAUCCGAGCAACUCCAUCAAGUGGGUCAAGAUUAUCUCCCCUAUCUACGCGCCUGUCACGAACAACCACGUUGUGUCAUUUGGGAGUUUUCCGAUUAUCAUUGGACGUGGCAUCAACAGCACAACCUCUCCGACUCGGUUCUGCUCUUGCCCAUUAUGCAUCAAUCCUUACUGGGUGAUUAUCAUGGCGUAAUAAUACCACUACAGCAGCGUCCUCUGGACGUUGUCUUUUUUGGCGCGAUAAAGCCACGACGCCAGGCAUUGUGGGAUCGUGUGACCAAACAACAACAACAACAUCAUUGGAGAUUUCAAUACAGCACCAAUUUGACGUUCAUCAAACAAUCCUACGCGACCGCCAAAAUAUGUCUGAUUGUGCAUUCCUAUUCCAAUCAAAGUGCCGGAGAAUAUCAUCGGCUCGUCGAAUUGGCUGGAAGUGCAUGUCGCAUCGUCGUCGAACCGUUUGCGGAUACCAUUGGCAUGCACGCCUAUCAACACUGUGGCGGUGUCGUCGUGGCACCGUCUUACCACCAAAUACUCCCCACCAUUCGUCGUGUCUUGCAGGAAAUUGAUCACAUCAAAAGUACGGUGCUGCAAGAUGACAAUACUACAACACUAGACAAUGAAACGAAACGGCGUCUCGAGUGGUGGAACCAUAAAAUUCAGUGGGAACGCUUGUUGAAUGAUAUUUUUCGAGAUGGAGAAUUCAUGAAUGCGUGGGGAGCAACCUAA